GAAAGAUUCCGGUGGUGGAUGCCAUGCGUUGGCGAUCGCGUGGCCGAAUGGUUCCGCAGCGGCAUAGGCUCCAGACUGCUGAUGGUUGUGGGGGCAACGUUCUCUCACUUUGGGCUGGAGCUGGAUCAUCCCCCGGGUGCGUGGUUCUUUGAAGUCCUGCCCGACUCCACCGUCUCUUCCACUGUGUCGGAGCUCAAGUGGAAGAUCUGGACUGUGGCCGUCGCACGCGUCCUUGGCGCUACCGUGCCGGAUGGCUACUUGCACCUCUUCAUCGCGGCCGACUACUUCACGCGCCAUAGCCCACAUCAAGAGCAAUCUAGAAAUCCUCAUCCCCGCCCCGAGUGCUGCACAGGCCGCUGCACGUACGCCCUGACCGACCUCCACCUUCUCGAGGAGUCGGACGCCAUCGUCUUUCCCAUUGGUCAUCACAGAUGAAUAUGUGUCAGCCAUCGUGUCGAUAUUGUUUCCUUGCACUCUCUCGCCCACUUGCGUUGCUGAUGCCGCUCUCCUGUUCGAUGCGAGCGGCAAGGUUUGUGUCGUCGUCUUCACCUGGCUGUUGCUCCAGCUGCAGAGCAACAAGCAGCCGCUGGAAUGGCUCGACGCAUUCGAAGCACAGGCUAUAGCAGGUGACCGUGGUGGCGGUGGCGGAGCCGGACCCCUGGAAAAUCUCUUGCUGCUGUUCCUGAGCAAACAAGCACCGCCGAAGGAUGAAAAGUUCUCCCCGGCAUCCUUGGACGAGCUCAAACGGAUACGUUCCUGCAUCGAGAACGCGCCCAGGAUAGAGUGGAAGUCCAUGGACAUCACCGUCGCUCUGCGCCAGAUGUUGGAGGAGGUGAUGGCAGCGGGAGAAAUCCAAUGGGACAACCAGAUGCGUGCCCGGCUCGAGCAGUGGAUCCAAGGCCACUACAACUUCCACCGCGUGGAGCCGCUCUUCCAGGAGUACGCAGACGUGAGCGUGCCGAUAGCGCGCCUGAUCUCUACAUGGAUGCACACGAGGAAGGGAUGCCGCGACCACGCCGAGCUCAAAUCCCUGUGCUCGGCAGCGACAUCAUCGGAGUCGAUUGUGGAGCACAUCCAGGCUACGAUGAGCCGGGGAAGCAGCGACGAGUGCCGCCAGCUUUGUGACGCGGCUGCCACCGUCUUUGGCAAUGACUACGGUAGCCUUUUCGUGGAGAUUUGCGCCAACGUGCAGUGGGAUCCAUGCCUGACCGCGUGCUCUCUAGAAGAAUUCGGGGCGAUCAAGCCGGCAGCCUGGGACGGACUCUUCCGGACCGCGAGCUCCGAAAACACGCUUCGAAGGCACCGUUUCGACGAUGGCAGCCGCAACGAGGGCAUAUGGAGACCUCGGAUUUCCGACAUGAUCCUCUACAUAGUUUACCUGAUCCUCGAGGACUGCUUGGGCGCCAGCGUUGAUCGUGAGAGGUGGAAACGAGAGUGUGAGUCUAUACAGUGCCUUUCUCUCUGCUCAAUCGUGAUCCUUUUUGCUUGGAUCGUCACAGGCAAGUCACUGCUGUAUACCAGACGUGGGGGGCAGCGCGUGUCCCGCAGUGGGAAAGGGGUUUUUGUUGCGAUUAGCAACUCCACCAGAGGAAUCUGUGAGGCGUUUGCGGCGUGGAUCCAGUCUCCAAGCACGCAGAGGGACUUGGGAGCGAGCUCGGAUGAGAUACGUCAUGGCAUAAGAGAGGCAGUCGUCUCGGCUGGUGGAGUGGAGUAUGACGAGGACAGGCAGCAACUCUGGGCCGGGAUGCAAGAGCUGCUGGGUGUCACUGGCAACAUUUGGAUUUGCAUGCUUGCUCGUGCCUAUGUGCAGCACGAACACCACUUUGGUGCUUUAAAAAAUGCCGCAAAUUAUUCCGCUGAAGAUCUGCCCACAAUUGUCCGCAAGCGUUCAGGCCCAGAGAGUACACCAAGGAUCGAAGUUUUCCUCGGCCUCGGCAGCGCUUCCAGGAUUUGAGUUUUGCUUUUGCUAGAGAAGUUUCCCUGCAAUUGAGAUUUCUUUCAAAGCCA